AUGUCUCGGAAAUAUACAGCGUGGGCAACCAAUCAACUGCCGAUGAAUCCUGAUUUGCCAACAAUGAUGAGACUAGCAACUGUAGGGGGCAAUGAGCAAGAUCAACUUAAGAAUUUCGAAAGAGUGGAAGCUAUUCCACACAUGUAUAUCAACGUGGAUGCCCCACCACCUAUGACAACAAAGCUUGAUACGCGAACGAUUCAACCGACUGUGAUACAAAAUUCCCCUGCGAGUUACUUUGCUGCACCAAGUGUUGUGCACACACCGUCGAAUAUGCAAACGAAAAUUUGGCCAGUCGAAAAACCGGUACGAAGUACGUCGAUAUUUGAAAAUGGCUCAUCGACAUCAAAACGACCGCACAAACACAAACAUCACCAUCACCACCAUCAUCAUGGCGAAAAGCAUCAUCAUCGUCAUCAUAGUCGACGACACCGUGCUAAAAGUGCUGAAUCUAUUCGAAAUCGGCAAAAUCCAGCAACUCUAGAAACAUCGAAAAUGGCAUUUGCCAAUUCACAAUAUCUUGAACAAGAUCAACAGCAACCAAUGAUCGUCUAUCGCGAAGUGGGGAACGGCGAUAGUUAUACAGUUGAUCCAAACGGAUUUGCUAGUGUUCCAUAUGCAACUGAAACAGAAGCAGUUGUAGGCGACGAUCAACAAGCACCGAUGGUUGUCUAUCGUGACGGUAAUCUUUCACAACCACAACAACAUCAAUCAAUCAUAUCUGAUGGAUUUUCGCAAGAUGUAUUCUACAAUCAAGAUCAAGAUGGACAUACAAGCGAAGGAACGAUUCCUCUGCAGCCUAUUACGAACAAAGUCAUCUCACAUCGCGUAGCAGAACGAAAUGAAACGCAUGUGAAUAGUUAUUCACCCUAUCAGUGUACUCAAACGGCAGUACCUGCCUGUUCGAAUGUUAAUUACAUUCAAGAAAUCGAACGAAUCUAUAUCGAAGAGGAUUGUUGUCCUCCAUUGACAACAGUCAGAUGCGUAUCAAACCCUUGUAUCGUUCAACAAACAACUGAUCCGUUCUUUUGUCUUCCUCAACAGCAGCAGCAAACAUCACAAAUUGUUUAUUGCACGGAUCCCAAUCAACAAGACUACCUAUGUGCAUCGAAUAAUAAUAACAUUAUUCAACAGACUGUGACAUCAUCGCCGCAACAGCAGUUUGUUUGCGUCGACAAUUGUUCAUCCACUUUACAACCAACCAUCAUCAAUCAGAUACCCGUUUUCAAUCCAUUGUCAGCAACAUCAAAUUCACCAUCAAUCGUUACUGUGCCGCAGACGUCACUUCAACGCGCGACGAGUGUUAUUAUUCAACAACCACAACCCCAGCCGUUACAAAUCAUUCAACAACCGCAACCGCAACCGUUACAAGUUAUUCAACAGCCUCAACCGUUGCAACUUAUUCAACAACCACAACAAUUACAAAUCAUUCCGAGCCAACAAACACAGGCUGGCCAAUUUGUACAAAUUGCCUCGGCGACACCGCAAGUAAUUCAAACGAUACAACCACAAUUAGUUCAAAAUCCGUCUGUUCUUCAGACUAUUCAAGUGCCAACACAAGCUAUUGCAGGUUCACCGCAACUUCUCUAUCAACGUCCAUAUGAUCCUGUGGUGGUUCCAGUUCAAAACCAACAGAUGGCUGUUGCUAAUUCGCCUCUCUUAGCAUUGAGUCAACCAUCUUAUGCACCUGCACGUAUUCCAUCAGUUCUCACAGGAGGCCAAUCACAGGGACCAAACAUGUUUCGACAUGCUCUCCUACAGACUGUUGCUGGUCGUGCUGGUGUACCUCUUCCGUCUGCAGCGGUUGCAGCACCAGCAGGUAGCGGUGGUGCUAUUCAACUCAUGCAACCAACCAUAACAACACCAAUGGCUUCAAAUCCAAACCUUAUAUUAGGUGGUAAUAUACAGCGAUCAUCAUCAGUACCAAUCGUGCCCCUCACACCAGGAGGUUUACUGAUCCCAUUUCAGCCAUCACAGACGGCAGGUGCACAGCCGGGUCUUUUCUCGCAAACCGGCGGUCGCUCGAAUCUGCGAAACUUUAAUGAUAUCCGACAACACAUCCAGGAACAACGCGCUCUAAUCGCAAGAAACCUCCAACAACAGCAGCAACGCAGCAGUCGCAUUCCUUCUCCUCCUGUCAUAUCCGCUGCAUCAGGAGGAGCUCAACGUAGUCCAUAUGCGGCAAGAAAUACAUAUUCGAAUAGUGGAUUGAGUAGACCUCCCUUCGCGUCAGGAGCGGCAUCGACCUAUGCACCACUAGGUUCGAAUGGGCUAAACUACAGUCGCCCAUCCUCUGCCGGCUUUGGCUACACUCAACCAUCUUACGCUGGCUCGAAUGCCGGAUCUAUCGAAUCAUCUCCAUAUCGCCUGUUGAGAUAA